UCCAGUGUGAGAAUAUCCACUUUCAUUCUCCACCAAGCACACAAAAGCAGGAUAAGGAUGAACAGCGGGGUGUGCGUGUGUGUGAUCCUGGCUGCUCUUUCUGCCUCCUGUUUGGGUCGGCCCCGCUCCUCUUCUCCUGAUACUGAUGACAGCCCUCUGCCCUCACAAAUGGACGGCAGUUUAAGUGGGCACCAUCGGGUCGCCCGCUCCGUCAGCCUCAGUGCCGCCCUCAAACAGCAGCCAGCAGCCGACACCCGUGCCAACCUCAGUGAGCUGAUUGCCAAAAUCAUCACCAAAAAAGGCUCUGUUCGGCGUAACUCAUCCAUGAACAACAGAGCAAACGGCGCGAACCAUCGGAUAAAAGAUCGGGAUUACGUGGGCUGGAUGGAUUUUGGCCGCCGGAGUGCUGAGGAAUAUGAAUACUCAUCCUAAAUUCCAAAUAUAUCAUCUAGCUCCUCUCUGCUACAAAUAAAGAGUAUAUUUAUUACUACUAUUAUUAUUAUUAUUCUAAUGUACAUUUGAUAAGAAACCAUUAUAAUGCAAUAUACACAUAUGCCUAAUUUUGCAAAGAAAAGACAAAAAAGUCUAAAAUUAUUGUGGUUGUUUUUAAAUCUUGUCAUUUUAUUUUCUUUGUCACAUACGCAAUGGUUUUUGCUUCAAGAGAACCAUCAAUCUGAAGUGUGUGUGAGACAUUUUUCAAUAAAUCAGGCCCGCAUUCAACUUUGGCCUUAAAUCCAUCAGACUCUGGCAGUUUGUCCAUCAAACUCAUUCACGAUGAUAAAACAACUCUUUACCACAAGAACUUGCUUUAAUGGAAGGAAGUGGUCACCAAAUGGCUCAACAAAUAUUUUGCAUCUUGUUAAGUCUGAGUAAACAUGCUCUUUGGACAAAAAGCCCUUAAAAGAGUCAAAAAUCAAUAAAUGGGGAAAUUAAUAAAUGGAAGAAAUGCUCUAUGGCUUAAUUUGCUGCAGCUAGAAACUGUGAACAGUGGGGGGAUAAAUUUUUUUGAAAAGACCAUUUUAAUUAUUCAGAUGUAAAGAGAAACAUUUCUUAUAUACACAUAGGGAAUCAAUUGAGGUGGUGGUUCUGUCCAAGGGUAAAAAAAAGAUUUCGACCGGCGCACUUAGACUGAAAUAGACUGUCAGAAGGAAUAAGAACAGAUGCAAUGGACCUCUGUUCAAUAAAAAGCACCAAGAUGCUGUUUAUAUGAUUUAUCUCUAAACACUGGUCAGCAGUCACACACACACAGCUUUCUAAAAGAGGACAUACUAUGCCCGAGAGCAGGACACAACUGUCAUAUUCUGAGCAUCCCCCUUUUCCUCUCCUGAACCUUAAUAAAGGCAAAAUGCUGCUGAGCUGUAAUCGAAUACUGUGCAAUAAGCAUAAAUGUUAAUCACAUCAAACCCUCAUUUAUAGAUCUAAUGCAACAACGAAGACAUAUUACAUCACAUUAGCCCAUCAUUGGAUUAGAUUCAGACUGUCAUAUUUUUUGUCAAAUGGGAAUAGAGUUAUUGGAGUCAGAAGACGGGGAACCGCAACCGAAACCA